AGUAGGUCACAGAUUUUGAAAUGCCAGACAUGGUUUUUCGUAUUAUUCUCGUCGUUUCUUGUUUUACAUCGUUUUCUUGCAAGCCGAAAGUCAAAAUUCAACAUGAUCACAUUGAAGAGUUUCUGGAAAACAAAACACUCAGUGACGUCAUAGAAUUAAACCAGCAUGUGCAACGAGCAAGAUACUUGGAGAGAUUGGAAAACGAAAAAGGAAAGUUAUCAGAUGAAGGUCAACAGAACCUUGUUCUAGCAGAUGGAGCUGUUUUACCGUGUGAUGCCACGUGGCAUCAGUACUCUGGAACAGGAUGUUGCUAUAGGACAACAGACGAGAAAAGUGAGUGGUAUGGUGGAACAGAACUGUGUCGAGCUCUACAUCCUCAGGCACAAUUGGCAUCAUUUCAUAGUCAAGGGGAAUCGGAAUUUGUUUGUAAAAAGUAUUCAUCAAUUCAUGCUUGGACAGGGCUUUCGCAAACUGAAACACCCGGAGUGUGGACAUAUACCGAUGGAACUCCCGACUGGCAUUGGUUUUUUGCUCAAUCGAGCACAAUGACAACUGAAAAAAGUUGCGUCGAAAUGAUGGAUGGAGUUCUGGUUCUAUUGUUCUCGUGGUCAGCGAAAAAAGGACAAACUCAACCCUAUUCCUGCACUGAGAGCAUCGCAAGUAUCUGCAAGUAUUGCCCACAAGAGACUACGUCGACGAGCACGUCGACGAGCACGACAACAACAACGAUACCAAUUACCUCUACAGUAACCACUACCGUAACCACAACCAGUGAGCCUCCAACUACAGUAACCAGCACCACAUCAACAACGGAAUCUACGAGCACAGUAACCACAACAAUACCAACUACUACUACUACUACUACGGUAUCAACUACAGUACCCACAACCAAAACAACCACCGAGACGGAAACCAGCAUCAAGCCAACAGAAACUACAGUAAUUAUAACGACACCAAGUACCACUACCGUAACAACUACAGUACCUACAACUACCGUUACCAGCACAUCAUCUGAAACAACUACAACAACUAGAACUACAGUAACCAGCACACCAGCCACCACUCCAUCUAUUGCAGCCUCCACAAAAGCUCCAACAACACAAAAGUCCACCCCUACAACUACAAUUACUACAUCGACUGUCAAAACUACCGUCCCAGGGACCUGUACUCCCACUUGCCCAACUCCAACAGUUAGCUUCAAUGAUCGAUGCUACAAGAUGUGCCGAGGGCUCGUGAAAUUUGAAGACAGUUGCACGUGGUGUAAUGGGACAAUGGUCACAGUUUCUAGUAAAGAGGAAAACAGCUUUGUUUCUAGAGUCUUUGGAUCAAACGAUGAGACAACACGUCAAAUCUGGAUUGGCAACACCGAAUCCAGUGGUUAUCUAAAUUGGUCUCCAGGUCAACCUACAAAACCGAAUGAUGGCUUGGAUUACUGUAUUUCAAUGGACUUGAGUGCAGGAUCUACUAGAGGAAAAUAUAAAUAUUUAGCAUGUCAGAGUACCGUUAUUAAUUCGUUAUGUGUAAUGAAUCCAUGAGACUAAUAAACGUUUGGUAUUUA